UCACACUUGAUUGAGCAACCCUUGACAACUACCGUGGUCAUCUCCGCCACAUCAUUAACCAAAUCCAAACCGGUCCUUCUAGAAGAUUCAAACUUCAAUUUUUAACUUGUUCAAAAUCAAAAUUGAAAACCCUAGAAAAUGCAAUUCCCCCAAAUCUGAAUGAAAUUUUGUGCCCUAAUCCACACAACUGAAAGCGUUUUCACAAUCCUGCGCCGUUCAUCGUUUUCCUUCACCGGCGGCGGUUGCGCCACCGUAUAAAUUCAUCAAACUGGGGAAGCGAAAGAAAGUUAAGCGGAGGGGAGCGGAGGAGAUGGAUGGGGAGGGUUUAGGUGCAGAGGAUUGCGCCGUUGGAUCGCUUGUUUGGGUCCGAAGAAGAAACGGUUCGUGGUGGCCGGGUCAAAUACUCGAUCCUGAUGACCUUGCCGCUUCUCAUCUGACCUCACCUCGAUCCGGAACUCCGGUGAAGCUUCUGGGAAGAGAAGAUGCCAGCGUAGAUUGGUAUAAUUUGGAGAAGUCCAAGCGAGUGAAGCCGUUCAGAUGCGGCGAAUUUGAUGCAUCCAUUGAAAGGGCGGAGACUGCUCUGGGUAUGCCGUUGAAGAAAAGAGAGAAAUAUGCACGAAGAGAAGAUGCUAUUCUCCACGCCCUGGAGCUUGAAAGGCAGAUGUUAAGGAAACAAGAUAAAUUAGGAUCUGGGCAAAUAGGUGCAGCAUUCCGAGCAAAGAGGAGCAAAUGUGUGUACUUGCCGCCUGAGUCUAGUGAUUCUCUGGAUUACAAUGAAACUCUAGCCCAUGUUCCAAUAUCUUCCCAACUUGGGGAGUAUGCUUAUGGAAGUUCAUUUGCUGAGGAGAGCGAAUCUGCUUUUCUGAAUGAUGUUGAAUCUGAUUCUUCUGAAACUGCUUCUAUUAAAUCAGAAUCAGAUUCUUCUGAAACAGAACUAGACAAUGACGAAGACAUGACUAUAUUUUCAGAAACUGAUGAUGACAACGAGGAACAAGAAAGCACUAGCAGUGAGGAGCAUGAUGAGUUAGCUGAGUUAGCAACUUCCAGUGACAUGCCUCACCUUUAUCCGCGGGAACCUCGAACGUGCAAUGAAGCUGUAUCCAAAUGGCAAUUAAAAGGAAAGAGGAAUAACCGUAACCUUGUAAAAAGGUCUGUUGCUGCUUCUGAUAGGAAAGAUGUUGUUUUAUAUGGAGCAGAUAUUGAAGGACAGAGAAGCCAUUUAAACCACAAGAGAAUGGGGCCUGGUUAUCCUUACUACAGAAAUGACUAUAGUGAUGCUCUUGAUGAUAGCGAUCAAAUGUUUGGAUCAGAAGAUGAAUACACCCUAACUCCUAGAGAGGUUGCAAAAAGUCAAGGUCUUGAUUGGGAUGAAUGGCCGUGGGAGGAUCAGCCUGCUUUGAAAGAAUAUUCGGAUUUUAAAGGGUUUGCUUCGUUACAUAGUGAUCCUUAUCAUUAUGAUGGGGGGAAGGGAUCAAUGCUGGUAGAUGUAGACUUAAAGGUUCAAGCAAGUUACCCGAAAGAGUCAGUCCCUAUUGUAUCUAUUACGAGCAAGUUAGAUGGGAGUUCUAUAAUUGGACGCCCAAUCCAAAUUGAAGUCCUUAAGGAUGGCUCAACUGACAAUCUAUUUUCUGCAAUUGAUGACUUCAGUAAUGAUAUGAUUGGCUACGAGGGAAGUAGUGUACUUCCACCAGCUUGGAGGACUGCGAGAAGAACAGCUAACUUUCGUGUCCCUCGUCCCCACAUAUCGUCAUCAAAUGUUGAUGAAGACUUCUCGUUAGAUCAGGAAAGAAAUAAUGGAUAUAAGAGAUUAAAUGGUGGAAAUUCCAGUCAUAAUGCAAGCCAUUGGAAGAAGAACGGCCUUAAUAGUGCCGGGCCGUCAGUUGACAAGAAGUCCUUCAAAAAGAGUGCAAAAAAAGUGAGCUUGUCAUCUAGUCAGAAAACUAGAACCCUUUCCUCUUUAUCUAUUGAAGAUAAUCUUGGUAGAAAACCAUCACUUACUAGAAGCUUUUAUCGAACAGACAAGACGACUAAACCAGAGGUCUCUGGGCUCACUACUGUAGCUUGCAUACCAGUUAAACUGGUAUUUAGUAGAUUACUUGAGAAGAUUAAUAGGCCACCUUUAAAAGCAUCUACUAAUGCGGAUGUGUUGAAUCCUGGCGUGGAGAGAAAAUCGUAGGUUACAUGUACAUUGUUAUAUAUUAGAAAUAAUUAUCUUGCAGUGAUGGAACAACAAAUUGCUGGUUUUCUUGUUUCCAACAAAAUAGAAAUUUUAUUUAAUUGAUUGUUGGUAUUUUGAGGAUGAACUUGAUGUAUAGUCCCCAAUUCAUCCUGAAGACUGAUAAACAGAAAAUACAUGAGGUCGUUUUGCUUCCUUGAAGUGUAGAAUUCUCACAUGUUGAUUUUCUGAGGCAAUAUCUAUAUGCAAAAAGCAUUAUUAUUGGACUCAA